AUGGAUGGGGGAAAUCGCUCUUCCUUGAAUGAAUUCCUUCUCUUAGGAAUUAGCAAUCACCCUGUGAUCAAAGUGACUCUGUUUGCUGCCUUUCUACUUGUUUAUCUCAUUAUUCUUGUUGCAAAUCUUGGGAUGAUCAUUUUAAUAAGAAUGGACUCCCAGCUUCACGUGCCAAUGUACUUUUUCCUCAGCCACGUCUCCUUCAGUGACCUCUGCUAUUCCACAGCAAUUGGGCCCAAGAUGCUGGUGGACCUAUUUGCCAAGAACAAAUCCAUCCCCUUCUAUGGCUGUGCCCUGCAGUUACUGGUCUUCUGUACCUUUGCAGAUUCUGAGUGCCUCCUGCUGGCCGUGAUGGCCUAUGACCGGUACAAGGCCAUCAGCAACCCCCUGCUCUACACAGUCAGCAUGUCCGGCAGCGUGUGCUCCCUGCUCGUGGUGGGGGUGUACCUGGUGGGGAUGGCGGAUGCUUCUAUAAAUACAAUAUUAACAUUCCGCUUAUGUUUCUGUGGGUCCAAUGAGAUUAACCAUUUCUUCUGCGAUGUCCCGCCUCUGCUUUUGCUCUCUUGCUCAGACACACAGGUUAAUGAGCUGGUGAUAUUUAUCAUUUUCGGCUGCAUUGAACUGAUCACCCUCUCAGGUCUUUUUGUGUCUUAUUGUUAUAUCAUCCUAGCAGUGCUGAGGAUGCGCUCAGCUGAGGGGAGGCUCAAAGCUUUCUCCACCUGCUCCUCCCACCUAACUGCUGUGGCCAUUUUCCAGGGGACUCUGCUCUUCAUGUAUUUCCGGCCGAGCUCUUCCUACUCUCUGGAUCAAGACAAAAUGACAUCACUCUUUUACACCCUUGUGAUUCCCAUGUUAAACCCUCUGAUUUACAGCCUUCGGAACAAGGAUGUGAAAGAGGCUUUGAAGAAACUUAAAAAUAAAAAGCGGUUCCAUUGA